GCAAAGUAUGUCGAAGAAACAAUGGAUGGUCCUGUUGAUGCUGUUCUUGACGUACUUGCUGCUAGGUGCUUCCAUCUUUUACCAUAUCGAGAGUCGCCUAGAAAUCGAGCGCGUCGAAAGGGCGAAACGAGAACGCAUCGAGAUCAACGCUUUGCUUCAUGCGCAUUACGUGCCUAGUCGCAGCCAUAACCACGACGAAAUUCUUGGAAAAUUGACACGAUACUGUGGAAAAUCGGUUUAUAAUUAUACGGAAGGCGAAACGGAUCCUCUGAAAUGGGAUUUUUAUAACAGCUUUUAUUUUGCUUACACCGUUGUUAGCACUAUAGGUUACGGAAAUUUGGCUCCGACAAACAUGCUGGGUCGCAUCUUGAUGAUAUUUUACGGUCUGAUAGGAAUACCUAUAAAUGGAAUUUUGCUAACACAACUAGGAGAAUUUUUCGGGCGCACGUUCGUUAAAGCACAUCAGAAGUACAAAUCGUACAAGCACCACGGCCGGAAUGAUUACUGUCCUAGAAAAUUGACAACAUUUGAAACGAGAAAAGUUGGACUGGCCGCACAGAUAUUCGCUUAUUUAACGCCUGGUUUUGUCAUGUUUAUAUUUUUCCCAGCAUUCCUUUUCUCGCAUUACGAAGGCUGGAGCUACGACGAAGCAGUUUACUACGCAUUCGUCACGUUAACAACCAUCGGUUUCGGAGACUACGUGGCAGGACAAGACAAUAGCAAAGGUAGCGGGAUCCUUUUCAUAUUGUAUAAAACUUUUUUAAUUUGCUGGAUUUCUUUUGGACUGGGAUACACCGUUAUGAUUAUGACUUUUAUCGCCCGAGGUAUGCGUAGCAAAAAGAUCACGAGGAUCGAACAUAAGCUGGCGAUAAAUUUAAAACACACGCAAAGCAAGAUCUGGAACGAAUUCAAUAAAGAGAUCAAUUAUCUGCGCCGCGUUUUCAACGAACUUCAGCUGUCCAAGGUCAAGAGAGUGUACGUGAAUGAAUGUAAUCACGAAAUUCCACGAGCAAAAUUUCCACGAAGCAGCAGCUUUCCCGAUCUUCGAGAUAUGUCGCACGACGGAAGAGGGAGAGACAGUAUCGUUCGGCACAGACCGCGGCGACGUGCAAACAGUGAAGUAGUAACGACGCAGGGAGAUCAAAUAGCACGCGUUGUCUCCGAGACGGAUCUGCAGAGGAUCGACAAAACUGCAACGUUUGCGAGCCACGCGAUGGUUCAACCGGCCGAGUUACUGGCGAGAUUGGUGAAUAUUCUCGGUUAUAUACCACCGGCUACAGACGAUAUUGGGGCCGAUUGUUCGAAUCAAACCACUUUUGUCGAACAAGACCCGGGCCGUAGUAAAAUCGAGGACAAUAACAGCAAAGAUGUUUCGGAGAAGGAAUCGAUGGAGCCUUAUAGUUCCGGAUUCGGCGGCUGGACGAUCGGACCGAACGACCGAAUUUCACGAUUUCCGAAACCUCGUUCGAGGGCAGCUAGCGAUGUUAGACUCUAUGAAACUGAGAAGAACGAGGAUCGACACACGGAAUGGACUUGGUCCGGUUCAACAGCGUCCAAAACGAUUCAAGAAUUAAUGAACGCGCGAACGAACGAAUCAUCUAACAAGGACCGUGGUGGUGUUAAGGAUUCAAAAUUCUCCUCGAAAUUUCGCAGGUUUUCGUUGGCAAAAUCUGUACCGAAAGCAUUGGUGUCCUCCGGCCCUUGGAAAAAUCGCUUCUCCACUAGUACGGAGAAAAAAAUUUCAGAACCGGAACGGAAUCCUAACGGGAAGGAGAUCGAAGAGUCGUCCGUUCCCCGCGGACCUUUGCCGAGUCUCGAUGACGGACGAGACUCGAACUUGAGGAGGCACUAUUAUACGCACACCGGUGUCGGUAACAACCUAUCCCAGAUGGAAAGUAGUAAUCUCCUCGAGGAAACUAGCCUGGCCGAUUUUGUUAGGGCUCUUACAUUUUUACAUGCGAGCGUCGCUACCACCGGCAGUUGGACUGCUGCCGCGACGACAACCACCGAGGACCGUGUUCACGAAGCGCGGCCUCGAAGAAAAAUGGGUACCGCUUCCCUAUCACCACCGAAACUUCCCAGCCUCUUCACGUUGUUCUCGUCGUCUCAAUCCGGAUCGACAACGCAAAAUACUCGAAACUCAAAUGCGCGUGAUUCGAACGCUGAUAGGAUACCCCAAAAUAAUCCACCUGUAACACAGCAGACGAGAAGGAGCAGCUUAGUUUUCAGCGGUCCUGCUGCGAUCGUGAAACCAAGACGAUUCUCUUUAAGGCCAGUCGCGACACCUGUCAGUCCUCCAACACCACCGAGGAUUGAUUCGCCUUUCUUAUCGGACUCGCGGCGAACGUCACACGAGAAUAAGUCGACGUUUGUAUUCGAAUCGCCGAAGGAACCUCUCAUUCGAACAGAAAACUGGCCAGGUUUUUCAUCACCAAUGAUAUCCUCGUCACACAGCAACAGUCGACGUUUCUCCUUGCGUCCUGCUGCUCAAAUUCAGAUCGCCGGAAUAUCAACAGAAGAAGCUACGACGACGACGACGACGACGACGACGACGACGACGACGACGACGACGACAACGACGGCUGUUCCUACAUUCAAACCUUUACCCCGUUGGAAGGCUGGCAUGCUGCAACGACAAAUCGGUCAAAUGAAUCUUCGACGCCGUGUCAGGGCCUUCAGUCUAAGCGACGUUCACGUGGAUGAACUUAAAGAAAAUGCCGAACCGUUUGGAUCGUCGUCGUAUACUUGUAGAAGAAAGAAUCCCGAAACCGUUCGUAGAAACGAGUUUCCGCGAGACAACCCACUCGAUGGAAAGGAUCCCAUCAACAAAUCCGCCGACGAGCAUUUUAAUAGACUGGUAUCUUCGGCCAAUUCGAAAAACGAACGGUAUACGUCAUUUCCCCGAGAACCAACGAUUUCUACGAGCACUCGAUUGAAAUCAAUUGAUCGAAGCACAAUUGGAAAUGAUGCAAUCGAACGUACAAACGAAUUCACGAUUUGUCCGCAAUUAAGGAGAACGGAAAUGGUACGCGAUCAUCACGUCGUUCCCAUGAAAUCCACCUCGUUCGCGAGUUUUCGAAAUGCUACCGAGCGUCAACCAUCGGUCUCGGAUAACCGAUCGAUUAAUAAGAAUCACGAAUAUAAGUCGUUUGUUACUGCUGACGCAGCAUCACAGCAUUCAUUGGUGGAAGUAAAGAUAGAAAAUCCUAUCGCGAGUUCCAUUCAGAGUUCCUCCGCAAACACUAUGAUCAACAUCUCCCCGAAUGAUAUUCUCCACCUUGCGGAACUAAAAGUAGAAAAUCACCAGGCAAAUUCUCGUUCGGGUAAAUCGUGACACGCAACGAUGAUGACA